UGCGAUAUACGUCGAGCUGUUAUUAGGAGAUCCACCGGGGCAAAUUCAUUGGGGUCAGAGUUCUCCCUCCCCCUGCCUUUUAUAUCUUGUCGUAGAAGUGUUCGUUCCGUUACGUGUACCCCCCGAUAAUUCUUCCCCAAGAGAACGACAGCGACCCGACACAUUAUGACGCGUAAAAGUACGAUUAAUCGAACAUUACAAUUGAUGCUCACCGUGUGCGGCGUAUGGCCGACGACGUCGGGUAUCGCGAUCUGCAGGGCGUAUUGGUUCAUCGCGCUGGGGAUAGACGAAGUCUGCCAUUGCCGGUACUUUCUGCUGCAUUUGCAGUCUAAUGACCUGUUCGACUUGAUGGACUGUUUCAGUAGCUUCCUAGCGCAGGUGAAAGUCAGCACGAAGCUGUUCAUAUUUUGGUGGAACCAACGAAAAUUCAUGCGAAUGUUAACGAUGAUGGCCGAGGACUGGGACGAUUGCGCCAACAGUGACUUCGCCAUGCGCGAGACGACGUGCAAGGCUAGAUUAUCGUCUCGCAUCACCAACGCGAUGUUCACUCUUCACGUAUUGACCAUCGUGGCGUACAGCGCCGGCAUUCUGUUGGCCGACGUCGAUUUCACCGAUCAGCGGGCAGAGCUGCCGCUUCUCUUGAAAGUGAACCUCCCCGUCGACAUAAACACAAAACGCAGGUACAGACUGCUGCUGAGUGCACAGUUCGUACAUCUCAUCAUGGCCGGUUGCAGCGCCGGGUUGCUCAACGCGCUGCUCUUAGCCUUGAGCCUGCACGUGGGAGGUCAAAUGGAGGUCCUACGCUCUUGGUUGAUCGAGCUCGUGCCGAAGGAGGGCAUCCGAAGGGAAAGACGCGACUCAAUCGUUAGUACGACGAACAAAAUUAUACGGAAGCAUCAGAGGAUAAUCAACUUUACAGAGUACAUCGAGGACUUGUACACGUACAUUGCGUUAGUGCAAUUCACGUCCAACACUGUGCUAAUGUGUUCGUUGGGAUUCCUCAUCGUUUCCGCAAUCGGCAGUCCCGAUGCGACAGAGCAAAUAGUGAGAUCCCUUUUAUUUUACACCGUGACGAAUCUGGAAGCGUUCAUAUUUUGCUUCGCCGGUGAAUAUCUGAAAAACAAGAGCACAGCGAUCGGGACUGCGGCGUACAAUUCUACAUGGUACGAAUUGGGGCCUGAAAACAGCCGUCCCUUAAUAUUCGUAAUAUUAAGAGCGCAAAAGCAAUUAACGCUCACAGUUGGGAAAAUAAUGGACCUCUCUUUAGAAUCGUUCACAAAUAUCAUGAAAGCCUCGGGAUCGUAUUUGUCGGUCUUGUUGGCGAUGCAAUGA